GCGGCACAAUCGCGGCGAUUGUUGCACGCGUGCACAACGUGGGAACUCGCGCAACCGUGCGCCCCGUGCCAUUAUGUUUUGAAAUAACCCAGCAGUAUGGACCGGUUCGCUUUUGUCGGUGUUUUAGAUCAUUGCGCGCGUAACAGGCCGAAAAUAAACGAUUUUUUUGAAUUUCGCUUUUCCGACGAAACGCUAACGGACACGUGAAACACGCCACGGAACCGUUCGGUAAAAUUUUUCCGAUGUAUAUUUUUGUGCGAGAUCGACGUGCCGCAGUUGUACUCGUUGUGCCACUCGUCAGACGAAAAUAUAGGUAAAAUAAUAUUAUGUCAUCGACGAACAAUGACUCAGAAGAUGACGAUCCAAGGGUUCAUUCGUCCGGGAUGUCAUCCUCUGGCCAACCCAGACGUUACGAGCUUUCGAAAUCCGAAUUGCGAAAGAACAAUAAGCCAAUUAUGGAAAAAAAAAGGAGAGCCAGAAUCAAUCAGUGCUUGAAUGAACUAAAAACACUUAUAUUGGAUGCAUUGAAAAAAGACCCAGCAAGACACACAAAGUUGGAAAAAGCGGACAUCUUGGAAAUGACAGUGCGGCACCUGCAGUCGUUGCACCGGAGUGGCAGUACCAGCCGAACAUUGGCUCCGGCCGCCUGUCCAACCGUUGAAUCAUCGCUGUCGCCUUCAUCAUCGACCGCGGCUUUAACGGCGGUAGUCGUGCAAAAGUUUCAGACGGGUUACCAGGAGUGUGCUGGCGAAGUGAAUCGAUUCGUCGACCGGUUAGACGGGGUGGACGAAGACAUCAAAAAGAGGUUGAUGUCACAUCUGGACUCGUGCGUGGCCAAAAUGAGGUAUGUCGCCGCGGCCGCAGGCACGACGCCCCCUCCACCGCCGCCGCGUCCACUCGUCAACAAUAAUAAUUACUCUUUGCACCAUCGGCUCGACCUGCAAGUUGCAACGGCGACAGCAUUAGCCGCAACCGCGUCGGUCCCGAUGUCAAGCGGUCUACCGGUUUUGCAGCAAUCGCUGAUCAGAGACUUGACGCCACCGACCGUACCGCCGCCAUCCGUCCCGCCACCAUCGCUGCCAAAAGUCGGGCGUUCCCGGACGAGCGCGUUCACGGCGGUACAUGGCCAGCUUCCGUCACCGGAUGUCGGUUCAACGCCUUUCGUGUACUGCGACGAACCGGACGUGUCAUCGACCAGCUCGUGGGCCGAAGACAUGGCAGCGGCGGCAGCUGCCCAGUACCCGCCGCUUGAUUUUUCGAUGAAAAAAACUGUGGUCGGGUGCAGCAACAAGAGGCCCCUGGGCGAUAUACCGGUAAACGUUCCUACGGCCAACGCGUCGUCCUCGCACAAGCAGUCAGCGGUGGCGCCGUCAAACGGCGACGGCCCUACGGUUGCGCGUGUUCGCAGGCCGGAAGCCGCGGCCGCCGCAGUCAGACCGUCCGACGGUCCUGAUUCCGACCCCAACAUGUGGAGACCCUGGUGACGCCAUCCGCGUCGUGUUUCUGAUAGUAUACACUGCAGCUGUAGUGAAGGUAGCGGCGAUGUUUUCAGUUACUUUUCGCCGCAGUGUUGGGUAUUUAGUUACCCUCGUUACAUGCAAGAAUGCGUCUUCGUGCAUUUCGUUGCAAAAUUUAUAUUAUUCUUGUACAACUUGUAUUUCUAUAUAUUAUAUAACGGAGUUAUAUUAUAUGUACUUUUAAUGAUACACGGUGACUUCGCGAAUUAUUCCGUUUAUAUAGUGUAUAACACAAAACUAGAAAGACGUAUGUGAUAUCUCGUAUUUAAAUUUAAAAUAUUUUCAUAAUAUAUAGUUGUUGAAAAAAAUAAAAUAAAAAGACGCUUUUGUGAUUCCGGAUUUUACUAAUUGUUAUACUUUCCAACUACAACAGUGGCGAUCAAAGAAUUUAGUCACGGGUAGGGCUGAUCUUUUGACAUUCAAAUAUUAUUGAUCAAUAAAAAUAGAAUUUAAAGAUUAUAUAGAUCGAUUUGAUUUAUUAUUUAAUAACCAAAUGUAUAUAAAUUAGUAAAAUGUGUUUUUAUUUUAUUUUUGUCGAUUCAUCUACCUAAGUUGGGGCUAUAUUCACGAGUCCACGACAGACAGUCAUUAUAGCUAAGCCAUCCGCUAGCUAGACUCUUAGAUUAACAUAAUAACUAAAUCAUUUAUAAAAUACAUCAACAUUUUAUUAUAUUAUUUUUUACUAACUAUAAAAUAAAGAAAGAAAAACUUAAAAAUUAUAAUAUGAAUUAUAUAAAUGUUUUAUGAUUGAACUGUUCAAUUAAUAAUUAUUUUAUAUACAUAUAUAUAUAUAUUACUUUAACCUAAAGUAAAUGUUGUAAGUAACAGUAUUUACCUUCACCAAAGCUUAAAAUUUUUUGUAUCAAAAAUUGUUAAUUAAUAUUCAUAUUUUAUCAGACCACAAAAAAAAGUAUUCAUAUUAUUUUUAAAAAAAAUAUAUCUUUGAUACAAUAUUAUAAUAUUAUUAUAAAUAUUAAAAACAUUUAUAGGGAUAUACUCCCAAUCAUCUCUCUUCCGCCGUUUGACCGGCCCUCACUCAUGUUACUAUUAACUUGGUUACAUCUCAAAAGUAACUUACCAAAAACCACUAAUAAUAUAAACGUAUAUGUUAUGUCGUUUCUUACGCGAAAAACUGUGUUACUAAUUUUAGAUCUCUAGAAUUACUUAUGAUGAUUUCGUGGAUUUCGUGUUCAACGCUUGGAUAUGAUUAUUACAUACGUAAUAUUUUAUUAUAUGCUAUUUAUAUGUUACCAAAGAUUUUUAUAGUUAUAUAAUACGCCCUUCUUAUUUACGACUUUUAAUUAAGAUACAUUAUAUUUUAUUAUAUUGUUUUAUCCGCGUUCUUUCUUUCGGCACUUUUUUAAUAUUAUAUUAUAAUUUCUAUGUACCUGUACGCCUUUACUUAGAUUAUGUUUUUAUAAUAUUCUUUUCAUUCUACUUUUGUAAUUCCGUGUAAAGAUUUGCUUACAACUUUGUUAAUUUAUUAUACGGUGUCAGGCAUUAUCUGUCAUGAACAUCAGCUUAAUUUAUCAAACAUUAUAUUUAAAAUACUAUAAUUAUAUUUUACUUUUGUUCUUAUAUGUUCGUUUUAUUUUUAUACAUGUAUUUAUAUUUGUAAUUAUUAGUUAUAAAUACGACAAUUUUUUUGAAUCGUAUUUCAUUUAUUUUUCAUUUUUUUUAAAUGUUUUUUUUUUGACGAAGAAAUAAUAAUUUUGAAAUUAUAUUAACCUGUAUUAAGCAAAUAAUGAGUUAACAGUUAAUAUUUGUAUCAUCUCAAUGCACAAAAAUAAAUGAAAGGAUAAUAAAUAAAAACAAGUCUAAAAUUUCAAAA